AUGGUCCGCUUCAAGAACAGGUGGCUCCUCGUUGAAUUCAUACCUCUCGAGCUCGAGAAACCCAAGCCAGGAACGAGUCGGCUGGAUGGGAAGAUUAUCUGGGCUGCGCUGAAACACAGCAUUCAGAAUAAUUUUGGCGAUACUGGAUGGGGCGCGGUUGCUUUAUCAUUGACUGUAAAAUACUUUUCACCCACGACAAACAUAUGCAUUAUCCGUGUUGGGAGAGAUCACCACCAAGUUGCGUGGGCUGGACUUACUCUCCUCACAUCAAUCGCAGGAUUCCGAUAUAUUCCCAAUGUUGUGCACCUUUCUGGCACUAUCAGACACGCGCAAUUGGCGGCAAUCGCUCACAACCGCGAGGUCAUUGCACGAUAUCGCGCUCUAGCAAAAACACCAACUGCGUAUCAGGAUUCCCAUGAAAAAUAUCUUGAAACGAGCACUGCGGAAAUUGAGGCAUUGCAGGAUUGA